GUGCCUUUGUUUUGUUUUUGUUUCGUACCGAGGAACCGUCAAGAUGAAGCACGUUUGACAGAAGACUGUUUUUUGGGUUAACAAAAAAAAAAUAAGGAAGCAACUUUUAAACAGAUACAAAACAGAGGCCUCUUCCUUAGGCCUGAAUCAGGGUUAAAAAGGGGGCAAGUGGGGAAAGAAGUAAAUGAACCAAAUGACAAUAACCCCGAAUAAAAUGGGACAAACUAAGACUCGCAAGGAGAAACGAAGAAGAGAUAUUUUAUUAAUAACCGCCGUUUGCGCAUGUUUGAAGUCUUGCAGAACAAAAAUAAGUACUUUGUGUCUUUAACAGAAAACUGGCUGUUUAAAAAAGGACUGCCUGUUUCUCAAGGCGUAAUCUGAUUUUUUUUUUUUUUUUUUUUUUUUUUUUGUGCCAUUCUCUCGUUAUUUCUGUUUUUAUCUGGAAGAUUAUUACUUAUUGUUGUUAUUAAUAAUAAUUUAAAGACUUAUUUUUCCAAUCGGAUUUUGAUUUGGAUUAAGCUUUGAAUUUAAUUCAAUGGAAGUAUGUUAUCAGCUACCGGUUUUGCCUCUGGACAGGCCGGUUCCCAAACAUGUUCUCACCCGGAGGGGAGCCAUCAGCUUCAGUUCCAGCUCAUCUCUGUUUGGUUGUCCAGAUCCCAGACAGCUGUCGCAGAGACGUGGGGCAAUCUCCUAUGACAGUUCAGAUCAAACUGCUUUGUAUAUUCGUAUGUUAGGGAUUCUUGUGGGUGGGUUGGAGGGCGGGCUGGUCCCAACCCUGGUGCCUCCCCCCAGAGACCAAGAACCUGCGACAGGCAACCCAGGCGAUAUGGACGGGGCGCUGGGAGCACAGGCUGGCAACCAGGCAGGUGCAGCAGCCGGCAGAGGUGCAAGCCCCGGCGACCACGGAGUGAUGUCUGGGCCACCAGGGGGAGCGAAGCAGGGGACCAGACGACUGACUAUGCCUAGUGAUGCAGCGACCCGGGAGCUAGGCCCAGCGACCAAAGGUCCGGAUACCAAUACUGAGUGUCUGGGAGCCUGGAUCGAGGGCUCUGACCCAUCAGCACCAGGUGAUGUAAGAGUAAGGAGUCGGGUAGGAUUUGAAACCGAAAGAGCAGGCUGUCAUCCAUACCUAUACGUUGAUUUCCGCAUUUUGCACUCACGUCCUGAGUCUGUGGGGCCUGUGUCGGCGAGGAAAAUUCGGAGACUGUUAAGUUUCCAGAGAUCCCUGCACUCCUCUCGCUUCUUCUGUGACGUUCCUCCACUGAAUCCUUUAUACAUCUUGGAUGAUGACUAUACUGGUCAAGCAAAGUGUAUGCUGGAAAAAGUUGGAAGUUGGAAUUUUGAUAUAUUUCUUUUUGACAGAUUAACAAAUGGAAACAGCUUGGUCAGCUUGACGUUUCAUUUGUUUAAACUUUAUGGACUUACUGAAAUCUUCCAUUUAGACAUGGUAAAACUGCGUAGUUUUUUAGUUAUGGUUCAAGAAGACUACCGCAGUCGAAACCCUUACCACAAUGCAGUCCAUGCUGCAGACGUGACUCAGGCCAUGCACUGUUACUUAAAAGAGCCCAAGCUUGCCAAAUCUCUCACCCCAUGGGAUAUCCUGCUAGCUCUGUUGGCAGCUACAACACACGACUUGGAUCAUCCAGGUGUUAAUCAGCCUUUCCUCAUAAAAACAAACCAUUACUUAGCAACUUUGUAUAAGAAUACCUCAGUUUUAGAAAAUCACCACUGGAGAUCAGCUGUGGGCCUGCUUCGAGAGUCAGGGUUAUUUGCACACCUUCCCUUGGAAGACAGGCUGAGAAUCGAGAGAGAGUUGGGUUCCCUCAUUCUAGCCACUGACAUCAGCAGACAGAAUGAAUACUUGUUGCAGUUCAGAACACAUUUGGAUCGGAAAGACCUAUGCUUAGACGAUGCUGGUCAUCGACAUUUUAUUCUUCAGAUGGCACUCAAGUGUGCUGAUAUUUGUAACCCAUGCAGGACCUGGGAACUGAGUAAGCACUGGAGUGAGAAAGUGACUGAGGAAUUCUUCCAUCAAGGUGACAUUGAAAAGAAACAUAAACUAGAUGUAAGCCCACUAUGUGACAGCCAAACACAAACUAUUGAAAAUAUUCAAAUGGGUUUCAUGACCUAUGUGGUGAAGCCCCUGUUUGUGGAGUGGGCUCGGUUCUCGGACACCAGGCUCUCUCAGACGAUGCUCGGCUACCUUGCACUGAACAAAGCUGGCUGGAAGGGAAUGGUACAGGAGCAUGCGAGCAGCGGGGACGACACAGAUCCUACCUUAGAGGAGGCUGACUCAGAUAUAUUACCUCAGGAAAGCAGAGAAUUAUGACCCCUUCUCCCAGAUCCCACAUACAGUACGGUAGGCUUUACCUGGUGUAAGUGAAAUGGUAAAAAAAAAAAAAAAAAAAACUGUGGGAAAAGGGGAACUAAACCUGACCUGACUUAACUCCAACUGCCAUGACUGCCUAGAAACCCAUGCCAGAAAGGAAUUAACCCCCCUCUCCCCACACCACCUCCUAAAACAACUGGUUUUUGUUUUUGUUUUGUAGCUUCACCACCUUCUUAACAUAAAGUAAUACGUAGAUACCUCAUUUGGCUUUUUUAAAUUUCUUUUUUUGCCUAAUUAUCUUAAACACAUAAUUCUUGAAAGGGAACAGUAAAGGAAGCUUACUUUUGUUCUGGUAAAGUGCCGGUUGACAACUUUUUAAUAUUUGUUAUUGCUGUUAAUGUUUUUUUUUAAAUGAUUGUUAUUUCUUAAAAAAAAAGGGGGUUUCUUCAGCUGUACAGAGAACCCAAAUGUAAUGCAUUUUAAGCGUAUCUUCCUUAUUAUAAAAUCUAGAUAAAAUGUGAAAAGGCCACUGCUUUUGCUGCCUCCAUGAAGACUGUUUACAAAUGUGUAUUUAUUAUUAUUUUUUAUUAUUAUUUGUAAAGUUGGAUUUAUAACUUGCCUUGAAGCACAGGUGUGAAGAACCACUUAAAUAGGAAUGUUGUCCUAUUGCUAAAACAAAAUUCAGACUGCAUCUCUAAAACACACUGAGUGCCACAAAAGCCUCCAGUUCUCAGUGGUCUUGCACUGUGACUUGGUCCUACCAUAUUAGAUAUAGUAAUCAGCCCCAGGUAGUCCAGUAGAGGUUGGAAAAUGUGACUCAUUUGAACUAAACCUUUUUCAUCUGGACUUUUGAAUUGUUUGGGAAGCUGUCAUCGUAACAAUCUGUGGAUCUUUCAAUGAUGGCAAAGCACAUGGUUAUUACCCUCCUUACACUGGAAGAGCUCUUUCACGUGAGAAAAAAAAAAAAACUAAAUUAAUUGAUAUAAAAUUAGCUCAGGGUGUUUGCCAAUUUCUCUAAAAGAAACUAGGGAGGCAGGUGACCUUAAAGCCUGUCCUCUUUCAACUCAAGAAAAAAAAAAAAAUAUAUUAUUGAAACUAUUACCUGAAAAUGUGACAAUUUCAAUGGACAGCCACACUGAAAAGGAAAACUGUAAGACAUUGCUACAGAUGCCUUAAAACUAUGCAUAAAGCAAAGUGACCAAACCAAUUUUUCUUUUCGUAAAAAGGUGCAUUGUUUUUUUAUCUUCACUUUUAUUGCAUUGUCAAACUGUUGGCCUUGGUGUGAUAAAAUGUUUUUUUUUUUUUUUUUUAGUUAGAAAUUGAAUACCAAUAUAUUUUAAACUUCAAGCAUUCCAUUUUUUUAAAGUUGUUUUGAUUCUGUACAGUAAGCACAAUUGUAAUGGUUUUCUUAUUUCACUUCAUUUGUAUUUUUUCUUGUUAUUACUGUAAAAGACUGUUUGAUAAUCCUGUUUACAAUUUGUUAUGACCGCCAUUUUGGGGAGAAGACUUCAGUUUGAAGCCAUUUGGAAAGGCUUUGCUGUAUCUUUUUUAUACAUGUCUGUUGCAGUGACAUUUUUGAAUAAACAAGUUGGCAUAUG